GGUCAGUAGAGUGAGUGCUCUUGCCCAAAGACAUCUCCAUUAAGGGGAGGGAAUCGUCGAGAUAUAUACUACAGGAGAGAGAAGACCGCCUUUCUGGUCAGAAACGGUGGUGGAGGUGGGUUCGGGUCCACAUAACCAAAACGAUGUCGUUUCAUGAGGCGCAAGCUUAAGUGAAUGCAUCCCUUCCCUUAACCCCAAAAUAAAAACCCGCUAACUAGGCCUUAGAUUUUUUCUUUUUCCCUGGAUUUUUCAGGUUACCCAUCUUCUUCUUCCUUCUCUAACAGCGCAAUUCGCAAGUAAAUAACCGAAAUGGCUACACCGUUGAUAGCAGGUAUGGCAGUAGCUGCAGCUGCUUACGCGGGCAGAUAUGGCAUCCAAGCUUGGCAGGCAUUCAAGGCAAGACCACCAACAGCUAGGUUGCGCAGAUUUUAUGAAGGUGGUUUUCAACCUGUCAUGACAAAGAGAGAAGCUGCUCUAAUACUAGGAGUUAGAGAAAGCACUCCAACAGAUAAGGUUAAGGAAGCUCAUCGGAGAGUGAUGGUUGCAAAUCAUCCAGAUGCGGGCGGUAGCCAUUACCUCGCCUCUAAAAUAAAUGAAGCAAAAGACAUCUUACUUGGAAAAGGCAAGGGCAGUGGCUCUGCAUUUUAAUGAUAUUGGUGCUUCAUCAGCUCAAGAAGGCCAUAUUACAGCAGCAAAUGAGUUGGACUACACUUAUACUGCUAUAGCUCGAACCAAAUUCCUGAAAAAUAUUGCGAUUGGAAAAUUUAAGGUUCAAUGUCAAAUUGAUUUUUUAGAACCCCAAAUAUGUAAACACGCAUGGGAAAGUUCGAUGUGGUUUUGUUUUAUGAAUUUGUAAACAUAAGAGGGCGAGUGCCCUGCUGAUUGUAGGCUAUCAAUUUUGUCCCAUAUACAAGCUACCCCUUUUGUCUCUC